AGAGUGCAGCGGCUGUCCCACGGUUUGGCUGGUUCUUCCUGCUGGGGCUCCCGUUUGAGAGAAGCCUCUCCGCUGGCGCCGCACGUUCCCCAGGUGGCAACACCUGUCGCAGGUACGUGUGGGUCACGUGGCUCGGCCGUCGGCCUCGGGAGCCGCCGCAACAGCAGCCACUUCCUUCCCCUCCUGGUGCUUCUCUGGCGCGUCUCUGAGCUUGUUUUCUAGGGAAGAGCUCUAGGGAGUUGGGGGCGUCGAGGAGGCGCGAUCGUAUCCCUGGCAAAGGCGGCUGGUCCUCGGCGGGGCGAAGAUGAGCAAGAUCCACAAGUUUUUCAAGGGCGGAGGAGGCGCCAAGGGGAAAGGCAAAGGGGGCCCGAGCCCGCAGGAGGCUUUAGCCCGGCUGCGGGAGACCGAGGAGAUGCUGACCAAGAAGCAGGAGUAUCUGGAGGCGAGGAUCCAAAAGGAGCUGGCGCUGGCCAAGAAACACGGCACCCGAGACAAGCGAGCUGCACUGCAGGCAUUGAAGAGGAAAAAGAGAUACGAGAAACAGUUGACCCAAAUUGAUGGGACCCUUUCCACCAUUGAAUUCCAACGCGAAGCCCUUGAAAAUUCCUACACUAACACGGAAGUGUUCAAGAACAUGGGCUAUGCAGCCCAAGCGAUGAAAAAGGUGCAUGAAAACAUGGACUUGGACAAAAUUGACGACAUGAUGCAAGAUAUCACUGAACAGCAAGAUAUCGCUCAGGAAAUCACAGAAGCUCUUACUAGAAAAGUUGGUGAUGACUUUGAUGAGGAUGAGCUGUUGGCAGAACUGGAAGAACUGGAGCAAGAAGAACUCAAUAAUAAAAUGGCAAAUGUUCGACUACCAAGUGUACCAGCUACGCCGCUGCCUUCCCAUCCUGCAUCUUCAAGGAAGAGGGUGGAGGAUGAAGAUGAUAUGCAGCAGCUUGCGGCAUGGGCUUCUUAACAGCAAUCUGCAGAGUUAUGGGAAACGCCAUGGAAGAAGUUUAUGGAACAGUGUUUUGUUUUAUACAGAGCAUGGCUGUGUUUGAUACAGUCCGGCAUUGGUCCCUGGUGGGAUUUUAUGUCUGUAUGUAUGUGGUAUAUGUGUGUGUGUGUCUGUAUUUUUAAGAGAGCCAGGAUUACUUAAGACCUGUACUUGAAGUGUGCCGCCUUCUUCAGAUGCAGCCUCAUAUGAAUUUCUUUUUUCAUACAGAAGAAAUCUGAUUUUUUUUUAUAUUGCCGGUGAAAAUUGACUGGGGUAGUCUAUUACUACUACACAGUAUUAUCCUUUGACUCUGAAAGCUCUGUGUAUAGGUACAGGCAUGCAUGCUUAUUACCUGAAUUAAUUGGUUCUGUUCCAUAGAAACUUUCAAAACUGAGAGCUGAUAUAUGCAGCUCUCCCAGGCUGUUGCUUUUCCUCUUUCGUACGUACUGACUUUUGCUUGUACAGGUUGCAAACCCUGUUUGCUGCAGAGGAUGGUACGAACAGGCAUGUUUCUAAUACAGAGCAACAUCCUCUGUAGAGUUUCAAACAAGUUUGGAGUCGCUGGAAUACGUGGUCCAUUUGGUCCCACUAGGUAGAGAUGAAGGAGAAAUUUGAUUUCAUUUGCAUUUUAAUGCACACCUCCCCAAACAACACACAAGCCGAAAUGCACUUAUCCUUCAAUAUCUGCACUUUUCUGAAUUUUGCAAUGCAGUUUUCCAACCAAAACGUGUAAUAAAUGUGUCUGUUAAGAGAGUUUGCAUUAAAAUGUGUUACAUUAGGAGAAAUUGCCUUCACAAAUAUGUGUAACAGAAGAACCUCACAAACCGAUUUGGAAAUAUGAUGAACCUAUUUUAAAAUCUAACAAACCAACAACUGGGAGACACCAAAAUUGGCAGAUUCAUCUACCCCUAGAGUGUGUUGUGAAAAUAUUUAUCUAAGUCCUGCCAGAGUUUUGUGCUGUUGGAUUUCUUUGCUUUCUAUGGGAGUUUUUUCCCAUGUAGCUACUUGUUCACUCGGGGUCCUAUAUGGAAGAGUCAAAGGCUGAUGUGGCACCUUAAAGACUAGCACACUAUCUUUGUCAAGCAUAUAUAUAGAAAGACAACUUGGGUCUUGUAUAGGCACAUAACACAUGAAGAGCUCUGCAGUCUAAAAUGCUGGCUAGUUUGGCUUGCUAUAAGUGGCUAAAUUCCACCGAGUUUUCAUGUGUUUGAUUGCUAAAAUGGAGUUAAUUUUAGCCAACAAAGGUAGUUGAGUGGAGCAUGUUUGAUGGGGGGGGGGCAGGCAGGCUGAUAAACCAGUUUAUAAUGGGUGUUUGGUUUUGUGACCAGCCAACUUAAAACUGAUUUUAUCAAACCAUUUUAAUAUGGAGGUUGCAGUCCACUAAAUCAAAGGGCUGACUUCAUGCUGGAGAAUAGUGGGCAGAGAAUGGCCGAGAAUCUUCUGUUCGCCUCUUCCCACUUAGCUUUCUUUUAACACUGAACCUUUCAUAUUGCCAUGCCUAUUAUCAAAUGGAGAAUCUUAAUAGGUUUUUAAGGUUGUGGCUUUUGAAAUGUCCUCCUUACACUCAUUCAGUUUCUUUUUUUCCUUUUUGCCUGAAUGAAGCACAUUACAGUGGAAUAAUUUAUAUAACUUGAAGUACCAAAUUUCAAAGAGGGUCAUUUUUUUUGACCCGGGAGAAACAGAGCUGGGUUUCAGAUGAUUGGAUAAUGAAGGUGCAAAUAAAUAUAUUGUCUGAAAAUAUUUGUGUUUGACUUGGCAAUUGUUUUUCCUAUCUUGCUGUAAAGCAGGGGUGGGAAACCUUUGGCCCCUUCAAAUAUUGUUUGAAUAAUAAUAUUAAUAUUAAUAAUA